AUGAAGCUUCGUUCAUUGCUGGUCUCCAGCGUUGCUAUCCUAGCGGAACUGGCAAAAGCCGAUUCUGACUCUUUCGGACUAUUAGUGAUCCGUUCAGGCUCACCUUUGCAAUAUGCGUCUGUCUACGCUGAGGAAGGGGAGCUCUUCCUCGGCGGCACCAUUGUCGGACUAUCAGGAACAGUUACCGAUGAGGGUAAGCUCAAGUUCUCUGACGGCACCUACGCUGUCUUGGAUCGCCAAGGUACACUCGCAGAAACUACUGAUAGCAAGAGUGGGACCCAGGGGUUCGCGCUCACGUCCGGUUACUUGGGGUAUGAUGGAUCGAUUGGUUUUACAGGGGAGCUCACAAACCGUGGCUACCGGUUUUCAACCGCCAUGAAAUCACCUGAUGACCUUGACGUGCUUAUCAGAGCUGUACUGCCAAACGGAUCCACCGUACCGGAUUUCCAGCCCACUGUGACUGCAACCGAUCCUGACUGCACCAGGUACCGCAACACCACAGUUACAGUGACCACCACCGCUCACAAUACUACCACGACUACUCUGACAACAUGCGAAGAAAACUCCUCCUCGGCCAGCACUACAGGCUCUAGCACCAUAACGGUGACUUCUGGUAGCACUGGGUCCCUCCCAUCUAGUACUUCUUCGUCAAGCAGUGUUGCAAAUUCGUCCAGCGUGGUCACUAUAACGCCAUCGUCUGCCAUCCCAUCUUCCCUCUCAUCGAGUUUCAGUCCCACCCUCCCCCCAAGUUCUUUAUCUUCGUCGGUUUUGAGCAGCCCAAGUGCAAGCAAUGUUAGUUCUGGAGCUUCUUCCACUAGCUUUUCUCCUUCGAUUCCAUCAAGCUCCUUCACCUCUCCGACUCAGAGCGUCGUAUCAUCGUCAACGCUAUCAAUUCCCUCCAGUUCGGUCACAAGUUCAUCGUCGCCAGCUUCGUCAAGCGCCACUUUAUCUCAAUCAUCUUCGACCUUCUCAAUUCCUUUGAGUUCGGUCGUCAGCGCUUCGUCGUCAAGCGUUGUAACUGGAAGCUCAUCCUCGAGUGAGACCGUUUCGAGCGUGUCUCCCUCCUUAUCCUCUUCGGUUUCUUCAAGUCUCGCUUCAAGUUCUAACCCUUCUUCAAGCCCAGUUUUUUCUAGUUCUUCAGUUUCGAGCGCCGUGCCAAGAAGCUCAUCUUCUAUUGUUUCCUCUUCAUCUGUCCCAAGUUCUGUGACAGUAUCUAGUGAGAGCAGUGCAUCCCAGACUUCUAGUUCGCAGAUUCCUUCAAGUUCUCUAACAGGUUCGUUAUCCUCUGGCACCAUAACUUUGUCUUCGGCGUCGUCCAUCGUUCCAAGUUCGUCAAGUGGAAUUUCAAGCUCGAAAAUUACCGUCAGUUCCUCCAGCCUUGCACCUGUUUCAUCCUCUUCUGUUCCAAAUUUUAGCUCAUCUUCACCUGCCAGCAGCUCUCGGGGUAUAACGUCUUCUUCAAUAGCUUCCAGCUCUGAGUCCCAGUCGCUGUCCUCCAGUAUCAGUAUUACUGCUUCUUCAAGCGGACCAGCAAGUUCGAGUGUCUCAGCAAGUUCGCGUGCCUCCGAAAGUUCGAGUACUUCAGUCUCUUCAAGUGCCUCAGCUAGUGCAAGCGCCUCAGUCUCUUCGAGUGCUACAGUGCCUUCAAGUGCCUCAGUCUCUUCUAGUGCUACAGUCUCUUCGAGCGCCUCGGCCUCUUCGAGUGUCACGCCAAGCUCUAGUUCAUCGGCGUUACCAUCUUCUUCCGUCGUGUCCUCUUUAUCUAGCUCUAGCACAUUGACUUCGAGCUUGACCUCUAGCUUCGUUACAAGCUCCUCUGUUGUGUCAAGUUCGGCCAGUACAAUAACGCUAUCGAGCUCACUCAUAAGUUCCUCGAGCGUCGUUCCUUCGGUGACUCCAAGCUCUUCUAGCGAAUUGCCCAGCUCGGCUAGCAGUAGCACACCAUCCAGCUCUGUGGCAUCUUCAGUGACAAGUGGCACUAUUUCAGUCAGUUCACAGAGUUCAUCAACACUCAUCUCCACAAGUGGAAGCUCUUCAGCUAUCAUCUCUUCUUCGUCCACGCCCGGUUCAGUCAGUACUUCCACCGUUACUUCUACCGGACCCUCAUCCAGCGCGCCCGCUUCUUCCUCUGGUUCAAGUUCCUCUUCUAAUUCAGUGAGCAGCGUUCAAACAUCCUCAAGCUCUUCAUCAACGUCGAGCACUGUUAGCGCCUCGAGUAGCGCAUCUCAGUCGUCCUCGGGAUCUACAUCCAACAAUGGAGCAGCUUUGAUUAAAUCCAGCGGUAUUGGUGCAAGUGUUCUGUUUUUCGCUGCCAUGUUAUUGUAA